AUGGUUCCUCGGCGGGAUGAAAUGUUCCUGAGAGGUGUGUCCAAGCAGAGGCACGUCCGUGUUUCAGAUAUGCCGGCACCGCCGAAGCGCCCGGAGGAGGAUGAAAGCUCGCUUCCAUCUCCGAAGCAGCCUGUCCCCAACCGGGUUCCUGCAGGACCCGGAAAGCUGUCGAGGAACAAGGGAAGGCUGAUGCCAUCGCUGCCCGAGGAUCAGGAGCUUCACCCGCCGAGUCCUAUGCAGUCAGGCGAGUGCUUCCGUCUCCGGCAUGUCCGGGUGGAGGCCUUGCUGCAGGACGGCACGUUGGGGCUUCUGUUGCACGGCACCUCUGUGGUUGGCUUCUGCAGCGAGGAGGCGGCCUCGCACGGCUGGUUUGUCGGCGAUCAGAUCGUGGAAAUCAACGGGAAGCGUGUGGCUGCCUUCGACGAGUUUUUGGAGCAAUUCCUGGCCGCGCAGGUGCAGGGCUUUCCGAUUGUCUUCAGCGUGCUCCGGCGAGAAGCUCCAGAAGAAACACCCGACGAGGAUCCUCUCGAAAGCUUUUUCAGCGAAAUCGACUUUGUCGACCUGGCCGGACGGCUCAAGAAGAAGUUCGGCGGGGGAUCGCCCGGCAAGGCCGAGCUGGCGAGCACGGGCAGCUCAGGCGAUGCCAUCCUGGAAAAUCCCUACAUCCAGGCCCUUCGCCGUCGGCGCACCGAGCUGAGCAAGAGCCCGGAGGGAUGGAGUGAAGAAAGUCAAUCGCUCGCUGCCAAGAUGGCCACGGAGCGUGGUGAUGCUUUGGCCACCCUGAAUCUCAGCUGCCCACUUCAGUGUUGUACACACGUGCCGAAAGGGCUCGGUAGUUACAGUGCUCGCAUGGUCGACAGGAAUGAUAUGGCCCUCGCAACACUUUGCGCACCUUCUACUUCCGCUUGCUGGCACAUGCCGUUGAAAGCAUGUGUGUUGACAGCAUUUCCCCUGCUUUUAGUUCUGUGCCGGGAAUAUCGUUGUCGGUAUUGA